ACUAAGUGGAGGGGAUGCAUGCACACAGGAGCAGAAUUGAGCGGUCUGAUGAGAUGGGUUAAAUUCUACACCCCCAGUACGUGCAGUCGCUGCGAUGGAGUAUCGCGAAAUGAACAUUGUAACGGCUGAAGAGACUACUGAAUUAUUGUCGAGGCAAGAUGACCAGGAUGAAAGUUAUUUCGUUGAUUAUGCGAUACAAAAGGAGUUUAUCAAUCGAAAUAGAAUAUCCACCAGUCGAAGAUUGUUGAGUCAAGCCGCUUGUACUGACAACAAUUUGGCAAAUAGUAAUGUGCAAGCAUCCAAUAAGGACUUUCCGGUAAUUAGUUUUAUCCACACUUCAGGACCUAACUGGCCGCCGUCGCGUAAGCGCGAAGAGGCGCGUGCACUUGAGAAUUUACGUAAACGCGUUGAACAAUCUAAACUAUGCAAGGUCAAUCAAACAACGGAUACCAGUGACAAUCCCACAACAUCAAAUGCUCAAAAUCAUAGAGAAUCCUUCCAGCAACUUGACAAUCGGCCAAAUUUAUUGAAAAAGAUAUUGAGUCACAAGACAAUGAGCAUAUCCCACGACAUCACUGAUUUGCAAACAGACUGGAGAGACAGUGAAUUUAUCACAGAAUGUUUGUGCUGGCAUAACGUAUACCGACAACGGCACAAUGCACCGACACUGACAAUGUCACCCCAGUUGUGUGAAUACGCUCAAACAUGGGCGAAUCAUCUAGCCCAUACCAAUACCUUCUACUACAGAAAUGAUCGUGAAAUUGGACAAAAUCUAUACUGUCGUCCGGGGGGUGCUGUGCCUGGCGAAGUAAAUGGUCAAGAAGUCGCCUCCUACUGGUAUUCAGCAGUAAAACAGUACGAUUUCUUCAAAGAACCAGACGUGCUACAUACCAACGUCAAUGCUGGACACUUCACCCAAGUAAUAUGGGCCAGCAGUCAGCUAUUCGGAGUUGGUAAAGCCCGCAGUAGGAGUGGAAAGAUAAUUGUCGUUGCCAAUUACCAGCCCAUUGGCAAUGUAUCUGGACAAUUUCAAAGGAACGUCUUACCACCCCUACCCGACUGUGGCAAUCUACCUUUGCCACCGCCACCACGUGUCAGAGAGUGCGAGGAGGCCAAUUUGUCGGAUUUGUCAACCAGCAGCAGUAGCUCCAUCAGUACCCAAUAAUACAGACGGGGCAACUGUUUUGUCAAUUUUUGCACUUCGUGGAGUGGAGGCCGAAGCUGAUUUCUAAGGGAAUUGAAUUAUUCUUUUAAAAAAUUCAGACAAAUAGAAAGCAGAAUACGGUGAGGAAUACCGCAGGAGUUUUCAAAAAACUUUCAUCGAAUUGAAAGAACGUAUUUUCUCUUUUCAAUUUCUUUCAGUCGUGUGGAAAAAAUUCACAAGAAUUCCUAUAGAAUUGUGAUUUUGUCGAAAAAUUUUGCCGUAAACCUAAACUUAAACCUACAUUCAAUAUUCCUCUUGCACUUUGCCUGCUGUUCCAUUUAGCCCCAUCAUUAAGUUUACUCGGCGUUACAUUCAGCCACGCCAUUCUAUUUUACUCCAUUUCGAGUGUGACUCAACUUCUUCUAUGUAUUACGAUGAAAAAAGCAAUUUCGUUUUUGCCACAAUUUUUGUUUUUUUUAUUAAUAACAAUUCGAUAAAACUAUAACACUUUCAUAAUAAAAAAAUUUCGCUGUGUUUUAUCAGGUGAUGAGAAAAUCGAUGAUAUUAACAAAGAUGUCGAACUGUAGGCGAAACUACAAUCAGUUCAACAGACAGGCACAUGUGCCGCUGUACAUGCUCAGCUCGCUUUAGCGAAUAAAUUUUACUUUUAAAAUGGCUCAGCUCAGGAUAAUUCCAAAAAUAUGAACUAUCAAGUAUUGAGGAGACCGAAGUGGCCGAAAUAAAUUAUGCGCUUUUCGUUUCAAUUCCAUUUUUUUUAUAGAUUUUUCCAAUGCUUUCUAAUAAUAUAUUUCGAAUAUAGAAAUCAAUAGAUAAUCUGCGGAAAUUUUGGGUCAAAUAGAACUUAAAUAAAAGUUGUAUAGUUUAAUUAAAAGAAAAAAAAAAAGAAAAAAUAACCACAUGACUUGGAUAUCCUUGAAGACAGAAAGGAGAUAGUGAAAUGAAUUCAUAAACUGAUCGCAGCAAAAUAUCUCAACUAGAUUUUAGGCUCAAAAAUAUAAUUUCUAAUUUUUAGAAAACCAAUAAUAUUGCCAAACCCGAUUCGAAUGACUAUCCUAAAUAUCCGUACGAUAAACAACUUUUCAAUUGUUAAGAAUUCAAAAAAUAUUUUUUUUUUAUGUCACGGAACUGUCACGGAAUUUAGCUAGUGUUCCAUCAUUUUUAUUUCAACCGUCACACAAUAUUUACUGAAUGGUUCUUUGCGUUCGUAGCAAAUUUAGUUGCAAGAAGCGGUGCCUCUAUUUUUUAAGAAUAAUCCGUAAUUAAAGGCUAAGCUUAGCGUAAGUGUUGAUUUUCUAAAUUACCAAUAGUUACAUGGCGAAAAAAAGUUCAUUAAGAAUUGCCACAGAAAUCGGACAAAUUACGUGUCAAAAUGCAAAUGAAUUAAAAUUCAUAAAAAAAAAUCCUCAAAUUGCAUUCUGCUGUUGAUAAAUAUUUCAAUUUCUUUUGUAAUAAUUCACCACUGAUUUCGUAAUUUUUACUGCAUAUAUUUCUCUCCGUGGAUGCAAUGACGAAGAGCUUCCAUUUCCUCUCAUAAAAGCUCUGUUAUACAUUCACAAAUUAUGAUUGACGUAAAUUAUCGACUAAGGGAGAAGUGGCCUAUGCAUUAAAAAAAAAGUAGUAACCCCCUCGACAUAAUUAUAUCAAAUGAAAGUUGAUAAAAAUGAAAGCAAGGUUGUAUGUGGGCAAAAAUAAUAAAUAUUUACUGUUGAAUUUUAAAUAUUCGCUUGAACGAACUUUGCGGGAGUUCAACGGCUAUAUUUUGAAAAACAUAUUGAGCAUUUAGCCUCUUGGUUGUAGGCUAGGCCAUCAUUUGAUAUUGUAUUUUAUAUGUUGAUUUUUUCAAAAGAAGGACGAGAGUAUAUAUAUAUAUAUAUAUAAUAUAUCCAUUGAUUAGAGCCUAUACAGCUAAUGAAAAUAAGUUGAUAGUGAAAUGCUCAUGAGCCUUACGUUAAUUAAUCUUAAUUAUAUAUUGUUGACAUGUUGCUGUGGGUAGAUCUAGAUGAGCUUUAAUUAUUUGUUAAUUAUUUUAAUGGAUUUAAUAAUUAAUUAAUCGUAGUUUGAUCUUGCACCUUUUGUAAUGGAAAAUAUUGUUUCGACGUGCGUCAUAUGAAACAAUUUAAUAAAUAAAUAAAUACGUGAGAUCGUGGGAAAAAUCAAGUGGGAAUUAUUAACAAAUAAAAAUAUAUAAAUUUUGGUCUUUCCACUCAAGUUCAUUCGUAAAAAUAAUUUCCAAAAAUUUUUGAAAACCGUUGGAGAUGUUUUUUUAUUAAAUUUAUUCAUAUAGAACGUCGAUUUUAAUGAUUUUUCAUGAUAAAUAGGAAAUAGCUUAUCAUACCUACAUUUGGAUGAUACAAUCGCAUAAAGUUGUUGCUUGAAGCCUCAGUCUUCCGUACGCUAAUGAAUUUUUUACAUUAUAAAUCUAAACAAAAUUAUGUAGGGAAUGUCGCAUUAUGGGAAUAGUGUCCAGUGUUAAGUUGUUAAAUGUUGAAAGUUAAUCGGAAGGAGAAGCUCAAUAUUAG